UUUCUAUCGGCAGUCUUGUAACAACAACCUCGUUAGUAUCAACUGAGACUUUGUUCGUGCAUGGGAAAAAAGUAGUAAAGUUGAUUAAAAGUCACAAAAUUAAUCAAUAUGACAAAAAAUCAGAAAAAAAUUAUUUUUUCAACAAUUUUUCUUGCAUUUUUGGCAAAUUUUGUGCAAGGAGCUCUCAUUGUAGUAAAAAAUAAUGUAAUUGAAAAUGAAGUUUUACCUGAAGCGGAUGUCCUUCCAAUAGUCGAAAGUCUUCCAAUUUACACUUUAAAUUGUUUUUCGGAGGAAUCUGGAUUUUGUGUCGCCCAAGAAAUUAAAUUGAACGAAACACAUCGUCAUUUUAGGCCAGCAAGUACCAUUCCAGCUGAUAUGGUUAAAAUUAUCUCUUUGGGCGGGCAUCCUCCAAUGAAGUCCCAAUAUCGGAGACCAAGCUCAGAAAUGCAUACACUCACCUCCGAUCUGUGUCAAGCAUUUCCAAAUCUCAAAAUUAUCGAUGCCAAAUACCUAAAUUUGCAAAAUAUCGAAGAAGAUGCCUUACGCGAUUGCGUCAACUUGGAAGCGAUCAACUUGGCGGCGAACAAUUUGCAAGAAAUUAACGUAAAUCUGUUCAAAAACAACAAAAAUCUCGAGAAAAUCCGCAUGGAAGACAACAGUUUUACGAAAAUUGACCUCAGCUUGUUCGAGGAAUUGCGUCACUUGAACGAACUCGGUUUUGAUGGACAGCUUCUCGACGAAUUUCAAGUCAACAAAGUACGUCAUCGUGGUAUCAUCAAACUUGUCUUGCGUUUCAGUGAGCGUUCAGCCAUCGAAUCGACCGAAGUUGGAAUUUUACAAAAGUAUCAGCAUCUUUCGUCGUUCAUUCCGUGCUACCGCGACAAUUCUUACGACAUUUAUGUGCAUCACUUGGACUCGCAAUUUAUGCGUUUGGCAAAGUUAUUUUGCUUCGUGAGGCCCGGCAAUGACGACAAAGAGAUCCAAACGCCGUCGCCCGAAGAGGAAAAAACUGAAAAAGUCAUCGUCGAGGUUAUCUCGCAAAAUACAAUCGAAGAAAAUACUGAGUGACAACAAUAAAACUUUCCAUUUUUUUUUAGUUGAUAUUUGUUUUCUUGCAUAGAAACACACACACACGAACGCCACUCAGUAUUUAUUUUUCUUGUAAAUAAAUUAAUAAAUAAAAUAUAUAAUAAAAUACGUAUUUAUAGCAAUCCAAACAUUUUUCGGUCU